CAAUCAUAUAGGUAUCGACUGUCUACCCCUUGUCAUCUCGCGGAGACGGGGAGCGUACAACUUGAGGCCCAACCACUAUUAAACAUAUGCAAAAGGCGUCGAGGGGUCCUUUCCUCCAUCGCCUUUACAAUUUUGAAACAAAAGACGAUAUCCCGAGUCUCAUCGGCGGCAAGUAGCCUGUUACGAGAAGAGGAAACUAUGGUAGUCUAUAUUUGUUUUCGUGUUCAGGUUAUUGUCGUUUUUGUCCACCUCUUGCUUUGUCGACAUCGCCUUGGAUGCCGGCUCGAUGGCAAAGAUUUGAAAAACUUGCAUGCGAGGGAAGACAGUCGGCUUCGUCAAAGUUGA